AUGAAAACAAGAAAUUCACCAAGUAAGCAAAAACAGCAGAAAAAGAUCCCAGCAACACGUGAAUCAGUGGAUAAAUAUAUCAAUGAAGCAUUUGCUAAUUCAUUUUUCUCGAUUUACAAUCCAAAAAUGGCUCAAUAUUCAUUGCCAAACUUCGAAGAUGAAGUUCCCGAUAAAGAUAAUUAUAAUAGCUUUGAAAGUCCACUAGCAUCUUAUUUAUUAAAGAAUGAUAUUGCAGAUUACCCUAACUUGCGAGCAAAUAUUUUUGAUUCAUUUGAUCAAUCAUAUGCUCGCAUGUGUGAUGAAGUACUAGAUCCGGCCAAUAAAGUUGAUAUUUCAUUUAUUCCCAAAGCUUAG